UCACAUACUUGUUUCUAGAUUUAGGGAUAACUAGCUUGUUUUUGUUUUUGGAAUAGUUGUAGUGGGAAGGGGAGUCAUGGUUGUUGAAAGGUUAUUGCAUUCUGCCUUUGAAUUCCCUGGACUUUCCUACCUCUCCGGAAACAUACUACACCCUUAAUUUAUUCAUUCAACAAGUAUUUAUUGAGUGCUACUAUGGGCCAACUUGCGACUAUUAUAGUAUUGGUGCAACAUUCCAUUCCCAACCGGAAGGAACAUAGUGUUGGGACACUACGAGCAUGGGUUUCAAAGUCAGUUGGGCUUCAAAUCCUGGCUUGUCACUUGUUUCAGUUAUUCACUGGUAUGUAACAAACCUUCCCAGAAUGUAAGGGCUUAAAACAACAGUGAUUUUUUAAUUUCUCAUGGUCUGUGGAUUGGCUGUGACUGUGGGCUCACUUGGCACCUCUCAGCUACAUUCAGUUAAGAGACUGGCUGGAAAGGAAGAUCAAGAUGGCCUUUCAUCUGUUAGAGUCUCUCUGCACAUAGCAUCUAAUCAUUCAGUAGUCUAGCCCAUGUUUUUUACAUUGCAGCUGGAUCCCAAGAGAAAGUAUUCUAAGAAGAUAAGCCCUAAGGUACAACUACUUAUCAAAUCUCUGCCUGCCUCAGGCUUGCUAGUGUCCUAUUGGCCAAAGAAGUCAUGUGGCCAAGCUCAGAGUCAUGGGGGAGGGGACCACAUAAGGGCUAGAAUACUUCCACCGAGGCAUGCUCAUUGCAGGCCACCAAAGCAACAGUCUGUUACGGUCACUUACUGGCCUUGGGUAAGUGAUUUGGCCACUCUGAGCCUCCAUUUCCUCAUCCUAAAGUGAAGACGAUACCACCUACUUGGCAGCACUGCCUUGAGGACUAAAUGAGAAGUGUGGUGUCUGACCAGAAUAAUUAGCAGCCGCCUCACCCCUGCUGCGGGUGUCCUGAGCCUUCCUGAUCCCGCAGGGGGGCUCGCCCGCGGCCUCCCAUGUGUGCGCCUGGUUGACCUGCGGGGCGGCCGCGGUGGAGCCCGCUGGCCGCGGGGGCGGCGGGGCCAUGGCCUCGCUGGACCUGCCCUACCGCUGCCCGCGCUGCGGGGAGCACAAGCGCUUCCGGAGCCUGUCGUCGCUGCGGGCGCACCUGGAGUACAGCCACACGUAUGAGACACUCUACAUUCUCUCCAAGACCAACAGCAUCUGCGACGGUGCCGAGCUGGAGCGCAAGGCUGCGGAGCUGGAGACGGCGAGGCAGGAGAGCGCGCGGCUGGGGCGCGAGAAGGAGGAGCUGGAGGAGCGGGCGUCCGAGCUCUCGCGCCAGGUGGACGUGAGCGUGGAGCUGCUGGCCUCGCUCAAGCAGGACCUGGUGCACAAGGAACAGGAGCUGAGCCGCAAGCAGCAGGAGGUGGUGCAGAUCGACCAGUUCCUGAAGGAGACUGCGGCACGGGAGGCCAGCGCCAAGCUGCGGCUGCAGCAGUUCAUCGAGGAGCUCCUAGAGCGGGCUGACCGCGCCGAAAGGCAGCUGCAGGUCAUCAGCAGCAGCUGUGGCAGCACCCCCAGCGCCAGCCUGGGCCGAGGAGCUGGGGGAAGUGGCGCUGGGCCCGCGCCCCGGGGCCCAGGCAGAAUGCGAGAACACCACGUGGGCCUGGCCAUGCCUAACACAUACGCGGUGUCACGGCAUGGCUCCUCUCCCAGCACAGGGGCCUCCAGCCGUGUCCCAGCUGCAUCUCAGAGCUCAGGCUGCUAUGACAGUGACAGUCUGGAGUUGCCCCGGCCAGAAGAGGGGGCUCCGGAGGACAGUAGCCCUGGGGGCUUGGGCACACGGGCCCAGGCUGCCAAUGGUGGCUCAGAGCGGGCUCAGGCUCCUCGAAGUUCAGGCCUGCGGCGCCAGGCCAUUCAGAACUGGCAGCGUAGACCCCGCCGACACAGCACGGAGGGGGAGGAGGGGGACAUUUCGGAUGUGGGCUCCCGAACCACCGAGUCAGAGGCUGAGGGCCCCUCCGACGUCCCCCACCCUGGGCCUGCUAUGGCUGGGCCAUUAAGCAGCUGCCGGCUCUCAGCCCGCUCUGAGGGAGGCAGUGGGCGGGGCCGACGAGCAGAGAGGGGCAGCCCCUCACGUUCCAAUGAGGUCAUCAGCCCCGAGAUCCUCAAGAUGCGAGCCGCCCUGUUCUGCAUCUUCACCUACUUGGACACGCGCACACUCCUUCACGCUGCCGAGGUCUGUCGUGACUGGCGCUUUGUGGCCCGCCACCCGGCCGUCUGGACACGAGUGCUGCUCGAGAAUGCCCGAGUCUGUUCCAAGUUCCUGGCAAUGCUGGCUCAGUGGUGCACCCAGGCCCACUCGCUGACACUGCAGAACCUGAAGCCUCGGCAGCGGGGCAAGAAGGAGAGCAAGGAGGAGUAUGCCCGGAGCACCCGUGGCUGCCUAGAGGCAGGGCUGGAGUCCCUGCUGAAGGCAGCAGGGGGCAACCUGCUGAUCCUGCGCAUCUCCCACUGUCCCAACAUCCUCACCGACCGUUCGCUCUGGCUGGCCAGUUGCUACUGCCGUGCCCUGCAGGCCGUCACCUACAGGAGCGCCACAGAUCCCGUUGGCCAUGAGGUCAUUUGGGCCCUGGGCGCGGGCUGCAGAGAGAUUGUCUCCCUCCAGGUGGCACCACUUCACCCCUGCCAGCAGCCCACACGCUUCAGUAAUCGCUGCCUGCAGAUGAUCGGUCGCUGUUGGCCCCACCUCAGGGCCCUGGGGGUUGGGGGCGCUGGCUGUGGGGUGCAGGGCCUGGCAUCGCUUGCAAGAAACUGCAUGCGACUGCAGGUCCUGGAGCUGGACCACGUCUCGGAGAUUACCCAGGAGGUGGCAGCUGAGGUCUGCCGGGAAGGCCUGAAAGGACUGGAGAUGCUGGUGCUCACAGCCACCCCUGUCACCCCCAAGGCCCUGCUGCAUUUCAACAGUAUUUGCCGGAACCUCAAGUCCAUUGUGGUCCAGAUUGGGAUUGCCGAUUAUUUCAAAGAGCCCAGCAGUCCUGAAGCCCAGAAGCUGUUUGAAGACAUGGUGACAAAACUCCAGGCUCUGCGACGGAGGCCCGGCUUCUCUAAGAUCCUGCACAUCAAGGUGGAAGGCGGCUGCUAACCCGGGUGAGGGGCGGCAGGGCCCCUGCCAGCCCCACCCAGGGCACUCUCUUUGGACCUCCAGAGGGACCCUGAUUUGGACUAGACCUUCAGAGGCCUGGUGUUAUCUCUGGCUUCCAGGGAGGGGUUUACAGUUUCCUGUUCUCCUGGGACGGCAGAACUACAGGCCUGACCCUGGGAACUGCCUCUCUAGGGCAGGGGCUCGGACAGAAGCUACCCCCGGCCCCCACCCAAUCUCCAGCUGAAGUCACCUUCUGGGCAUAGCCAGCGAGGAGCUGUCACCACCAGCACCUGGUGUCUUCACCCCGAGGGUCUGCAAUAACCACCCAGUGGCCCUUGGCUGCUCAGGCUGCUUGGGCAGACCUCUCAUUCUUGAGACCCAGUCUCCCAGCCAGGGUCCUCUGCUAGGCCCCAGGCCAGAGGGGCCCCUCAAGGCAGCUCAGACUUGGUAAGGAGGGCUCUUCUCCCUGCCCUGCUUGGUUCCAGCCGUCUGUGGGGCACCCCUUCACACAGCCCACCUGGGCUUUGGGUCCACAUUCUCUAAGGAUAACACACAGGCCUAGGGAUCUGGGCAAGUGGUCAGCCAAA